UGCACAGCAGCUGCCGAUUCCUUUUCCUCUGGCUUCCUCCAAGGCCUUCACCAUGGUGCUGCGCCUCCUGGCUCUCCUCCUCCUCCCAGGGGUUUUGGUGCCAGUUUCCAGGGCGCAACCGGUGCUGACUCAGCCAGCCUCCAUUUUAGUGUUACCGGGACAAACGGUGAAACUCUCUUGUGCCCUGAAUCCUGGUUACAACAUCCGGGAGUUCGGGGUCGCCUGGUACCAGCAGAGACCUGGCAGCCCUCCGAGGUACCUGCUGUAUUACAACUCGGAGGUGGACAAGGACAAGCCUUCCGAAAUUCCGGACCGCUUCUCUGCGUCCAAAGACCUCGCCAGCAACGCCUGCGUUCUGACCAUCGCCGGGGUCCAGGCUGAGGACCACGCUGACUAUUACUGCUCGGUCUCAUAUCCCAUCUACUAUCUCUAGAAAUGUGGAACCGAAACCUGUGCUGGGCCCCGGGGGACUCUGAUGAGCCCCAGGUUGCAGAGCCCCGUGCUGAGGGAACCGCAGCCCUAUAAGGAACGGAAAAAAGAAACGACGCUUGUUCUCCACUCUUGAAUUAGCCUAGAGGUG